AUGACGGACCCGCAAGAUACAACAAAAUCUACCAUUAAUAAUGAUAAUGUGAUAACAGAAACGAAUAUUAUAAAUGUUGAUUUACCAAAUUCCAAUGAAAUAUUACAAAAUGAUGUAUCAAAAUUAAAUGAUGGAGAUAACAAU